CUGUUUCUCUCCUCUCGACCCCGCCAGCUCCUCAACCCCGCCCUCUCUCGGUUUCGCUGCAGCGGUAGCUGCAGAUCCAGGUUCCGUUCCGACCGGGAUGCUACUGUUGUUCAAUGAGCUGGGACAGUGCGUAGACGACGAUGGUGAUCGUACUUAAUUUGUUCGCUCAUGGCUGAAUGUGCUUGAGCGUAAUGAAUAUGGUGAUGAUGGGCUGCUAGUGCGCCCAAGGGGAAGAAGAGAAGGGAUGGGGCAGUGGGCGUAGGCGGAGCGCGGUUUUCAACGUGCUUUGCUCAUCAUGUGCUUCUGUUCGGCUGCAGUGUGUGUGUGUGUGUGUGUGCGUGUAGUUUUGGGAUGCUGAUGUAGGUUAGGAGAGGAGGAGGCUCAGUAGGGAGGGGUGGAUUUUCAGAGGAAUUAUAGCGUUGGUGAUUUUUAUUGUUACUUGCACACAUUGCCAGCUCUUUAAGAGUCGGUCUAGCUAGGAUCGAACGAGGUAGUGGUGGUGGUUGUGGUGGUGGUGGCUACCUUUCGGCGGGGGAAGGGAGGGGGAGUGGUAUACAGCGGCGGCGAAAACAGCCUGGUGUCUGCGCGCACUGUCUGCUGGGUAUGGUGGAAGUUUAUGGGUGUGUUGGAGGAUCCUAAGCCUGGAAGGGGACGACCGUCGUCUAGUCGUAGCCUGGAGGUUUGAAUUACCUCAAGGAGGUGGUGGUGGAGGUGGAGCGCUUGCCGGAGCGCUUCGGCUUUGACUCCUUUUUUUUUGACAGGCUGAGCCCUUCGAAUAGAACUGCUUAUCUCUCUGGGAUUAUUAUGUUUCUGCCAGAGGAAGUGGAGGAGAAACGGGAGGGAGAGCAGACCGGAAAGUGAUACGAGUAGAGUAUCUCGCCGUGGGAGAUCAACGGAGGCAGGUCGUGUGAGGUUGUGUUAUAGUGGUUUGUUAGAGAGAAGAAAUGUGCAAUAGAGUGGAGAAUAGAAAGACGGAGAGAAUUCUUGGGCAUGCUAAGUGAGAACAGCGCAGAGGAGUGGAAAAGUAAGAGCUUGCAGGUAACGGUUUUCGGGUUUGGGCCGUAAGGAAACUGGCCAUGAACUGCGGUAGUGAUCGCCUGGAAAGUUACGAUUGCAGAGGAUGCGUAGGUUAUUUGUGAUGUCUAAUCGGGAGGUUACCUAGAACGGUAUUUCUGAGUGAGGGUGAGCAGAUUUGUUGUGCUCAGCUUUCACAUUGCUGUCUGUAUAGAUUGUUUUACAAGUUAAUUAGUAAGUGAGCUGGAAGCCAGAUGUUGUCGGUAAAUGGAGGUUGUGCUUAUGUUCGUGAGCCAGUAUGUCCACUUUUACAGAAGGGAGGGUGAUGAAGCAGGAGUAUGAGAUUGAUUUUCAUGGAGGCGCUCUGCUGUUAUUGGCAGUAGUUUUGAUCGAAGUCACGAAGUGAAAGCCUUGGAUGUUACAGCUACCCAAUAGCUCCCCAGAAGCAGAUUGUGGAUGUAAAAGCUGAGAUAUAGAACAAGAAUGUUCACGGAAGCCGUUCCUGUAAGGAAGGAGAACUAGGAAAGAGCAGCACCGGUAGGUCGCAGUUUAUGAUCAGCUGAUUUAGAAGGACAGUACGACCUUUCAAUUACGAGCGAGGCGUUCUCAGUGACGAGAUUCUCAGAUGGACAAGGGGCAGCAGGGAUUUCAGGAACUCUGAGGUGCGCUAAAUUCUUUUCCAUAAGGCUGGCCCUCUUCAUUCCUUUGAACAUAAUUGGAGAUAGCUUCAAUUGGCGGUAAGUUACAUCAGUUUUAGUACGGAAAACGGCUACCACAUACUCAUCUGAACACAAACAGCUCAAGCCAGUGGUCAGUUAGAUAAACUCCGCUUUCAUUCGAAGGACUUAUGUAAGUUGGGCAGCACGGACAAAAUCAGGAGAAGUUCUUUUGAUGUGAAACUACGAGGAGGAACGACGAGGCUACUAGGCGUGUACGCUCUCGAUCAUUCUUCUUUGUCAGCAGAAAAUUCCAUGAAAGCGUAAAGUAAACGUUAACGACCAUCUCAUUCGCCGAUCCAAGUGUGAGUUCAAUACGGGAACACGAGUAUCCCAAGUAAGGUGCUGUGAAAUGCUAACAAAGCCAGUGCAGAAGUGAGCUAACAUUCAUUCCUUAAGCUUUAACGCCAGCAUUAAGACUUCUGAUAGAUUUCAUGCUUCCUCGACAGUAAUCACAGAACGUGCGGCUAAGAUCAAUGGUCUGUGCAGGUAUGAUUACGACAAGUCGCCCCUUCCGUUUGUUAAGAGGAGACCUCCUGCGUACUGGGCUUCCAAGCUUGGUGGAUAAAGAGUUUGAUCUAUGCACGGGUAUUAAUCUGCUACUUAUUCCUCUGAAGGGGGCACACCAAUGCAAGCCAACAUACAUCUGUCCCUAACUGAAAUAAGAAAGGCCUUUCUUGUGGCUGGCCAUCUCUUUUUGCUCCUUUUACUGAUCCUGCUUUCGCUUCCACCUGUCUAACCGUGUCUACUGCUUCUCCGCCACAUGUAAGAGUAAUUUCCGACGACUAAAAUAUUGGAUAGCUGGUAUUCACAAACUUGACCAUUAUCCCAAAUAUAGGCCCGGAUUUUUCUCAUAUGGGUUAGACCAUGCUCAGUAUGUUUAAAAGUUAGCCCUGGCGGAUGAAUCGACUGAUUGCAAAUAAACCAAUCAACUUGAGUCGAAUUGGUUAGAGCCAGUUACGGAGCAGCCUUACCAAUCGCUCUAAAUGUGGUCCUUCUCCAAAAGUAAUAUUACAUAUGGUACAGGUUGUUUAUAUACGAUCGUUUCUGCAAUUAAGGCGUGUUUAGAGGUUUCCUAUAGUUGGCGUGUUCUCUCUCCCCUGUCACUCAAUCUUGUCAUCCAGCCGACUCUUGUUAUCAGGAGGAUACCUGUAUUGCCAUCCUUCGUGGUAUAUGGGAUGAUCUCUUCUGCAAAUACCAACGAGCAGCAAGACGACCCACGGCGGUCAACAGAGAAUUGGGAUAAUCCAGUUGCAGUCGUCACACUUGAUCAGGUCCCAAGCCAGUACCGUAGUGCAAACCGCCGAGAGUGGGAGUGGGAUCCAAUGAUUCUUGCUCAGCACCCUGGUAGUGGAGGAUCAACUGACGACGUCGAUGGAGAUCGCAUGAAGAACCAAAUAUCUGCAGGCACCAUGUCAAGCUUACGAGCUUCCUACAAUUUCAAUAUGCUUUCCGCCGGCCUACCAUCCAACUUUACCCAGAACCACAUGGGAAUUUACAGUUCUGCUGGGAUCCGAACCUUUGGAUCUUUAGACGGACCUGCCCAGGUGCCGACACAACCAAACACACAGAGUGUCCAUGAACCAUCUGGCAUUCCUGGCCUUGCAGCGGCGAGUGGCGCAGGCCUUGAAAAUGAUAUUCGCUGUAAUGACCAGCGUCGGCGCGAGUUCUUUGCAGCUGGAAUGCACAAUCAUCAUGUCAAAAGAGAAAAGGACAACGACGGGCAUUCUCGAAUUGGGCUUAACCUUGGUGUGCGAACUUACUUUUCUACGAAAGAGACCGUUGCGAACCUUGGAAAGCGACCGACUGCAGGUUCACCUGGGUCUCAAGUACCCAUGUGCCAAGCAGAAGGUUGUAAAGCCGAUCUUAGCCAGGCGAAGCAGUACCAUCGUCGUCACAAAGUUUGUGAGCACCACUCAAAAGCUCUGAAUGUCGUUGCUAACGGCCAAACCCAAAGGUUUUGCCAGCAAUGCAGUAGGUUCCACUUGCUAGGUGAAUUUGAUGAUGGUAAAAGAAGCUGCAGAAAGCGUCUUGCAGACCAUAACAGGAGACGAAGAAAGCCACAGCCCAAUGCGUCUGCGCCGGGAGGAACGACAGCUGAAUCUCCAGGGAUGAAGAGGGAAGACAAUCUCUCGGGCUUCAAUCGUACCAAUGAUUCAAAAACGAUGAACAUGCCUUUAAAGAGUAGAAGCUCACUGAGCUCAGUGUCUAUUGAAGACUCUGAUAAUCAGAAACCUGGCUCAGUCGGCAACAAUCCGAACUUACGCUCCUCUGGGAAGGAAUAUGGGAGAGGAGCUGGAGAUGAAAAACCUCAAUCUCGUUCUGGAAUGCAGAUGAGCUGUCAAGCUGUGUCAGGUUCUGAAGCUCAGACCUUGUUCUCUUCCAUGUCAACAGUACCCCUCAUGCUCCAGAGUACCAAGAAGCAGAGGACCAUGACAGAAGGAACUAGCAAUCAUGGUCCAGACCAUUCCCUACAUCAACAUCUGCAGGCAGGUAAUUCAGGUCAGACUGGACCCAAUCUUUCACUCUCCUUCUUUGGAGGUCAAAUGGGACGAAUUCACACGAUGCCCAAUACAACUUACAACGGAAUGGAACCUCGGGUGUCAUGGUUGAGGCCUUCCAACACGAGGUCUGAACUGACUCAGGUGGUUGGAAGACUGGGUUCCUUGAAUUACCAGCAUCUCAUGUCCACUGACUCGAAGUCUGGUAUCACCUCAGCUUCUGCGAACUCUUCCAACUCUCAGGAGCAUGAUGUUCAGGUUUACUCUCCAUCAAGCCAGAAUCUAAUUCCUUGUGAUAUAGCCAGCCCGGAGUGGAUGCUUGGAACCAUCCCCGAGUGGAUGCUUUGAAGCGACUCCUGUUUGUUGGAGAAUUCUAAAAACUAGACGAUCACUCUCAUCGCCAGCAAACUGUUUUCCCAGAUUGAUUUUUUUGUUUGUGGUUUACAAAAAUAUGUAGGUAAAACUGGAAGUUCGGAUGAAAAGAAUUAAUACUCGUCGAUGAAAUCCAAAGUCUGAAUGAGUGUUGGAAUAGAUGGCUGUACUCUAAUUCAACAAUAGCAAUCGAAGCGCUUUUAGUAAAUUUGAAAAGGAGUGCUUCAAACCAAAGCGGGAGUGUGCUUCAAAGCAGAGCCGAUGUGAAGAGUCGAACCUUUUUCGGAAUCUCCUCGUUGGAUAUUUUAAUCGAAACUGGCCAUCUGCGGUCUGGUCAUCCCAAUCAUGCCACUGAUUGGAGGCAGUCCUCGUCGUCAAAGAUACUAUAUUUGGAAGGCAUGGAUUCUCAAAAUGUUUUCCUGGGCUGUGUCACUGGAGGAAACACACUUGCACUAAAUCAGGGACAGACAGAUUUAUCUCAUCUCCCUCAUCUGGUCAGAGCUCUAAGGAUUGGUGGAAAUCCCGGUGAUGGUUGAGGCAAACGAGCAAGACUUGGGCCACACAGCUGCUGAAUCCUGGAGCCCAGAUUCUGCGAGGUGAAUCACCGCAUUUAUCAUUCCUAAUUUUAGUUGUCUCGUGUUUCUGAAAACUAAGUGGGUUUCGAUUUUGGCGUCCGGAAGUGUCCAUCAGUGUGAAAAGAAAAUCCCAAAAAAUAAUCCUUUUAGUAUGUUUUUGUAGGAGAACUUAUCACAAGCAGGAAGUGGAUUAUGGGAUUGAUUUGGUGGUUUUUUUCAUUCCAUGGUAGAUUCACUGAAAUCCGUGUCAUAGUGGAUUGUGUCGGUUUUCACAUAUUCUAAGUUGUAGUCUUUGUUACUAUGUGGUGGUCGUCCAUCCUUCAUUUAUCGCUUGUUAUUUUUGUAAGUUGCAAAAUAAAAUUAUUUUACAAUUAUAAGAUUA